AUGCCUUUCACACGAGAAGAGAAACAGAAGGCAAAAGCGGCCAUUUAUAACGGCGACGAGGCUGGCAAAGAAGCGAAAUCACCGAAAUCGCCGAUCGAAAACGGUCAUGAUUUAGUAGGCGAGGAUGCGAACGGACACGAAUGCUGCUACCCCAAAGGCUGUAUCUCGUCUGACUUAACUCCCUGGGAUUCGGUUCGGUUUGUUUGUAAUAACGAACAAUGCGAUAAGAGCGGCUUUAUGCACGGCGAAUGUGCAGACGCGUUCGAAGAAGAUAUACUCGCAUAUCUUCGAAGCGUUGGGCGGGCGAGAAGCUGGUCUGACAAGCAACGACGCCAGAAUAUAUGGACGAAAAAGGGCUACGAUUUAAUCUACAAAUGCUGUGCCUGUGCUUGCGGUAAGGGGCAUUUGAAAAAGGAUUUGGAUUAUAAACCUUCAGACGAGGGCGAUAAUUUUCAGCAAGUCAAAUCGAAGCGUAAAAAGAACAAGAAUCAGAAGCCAUUGUUACCCGUGUCGCCCAAUUGCAACUCGACUGGUGGUAUACCGAAUAAAAUGCAGCAAAGAAAGUCGAGUCAAUCGCCUCCCGAAUUCUCGCCUGGUGUUAAAUCGCCAAACAGACGAAGGACAAACUCGAGGUCUAGGGAUGUAUUCCAGUUCCCGACGUCCCCAAAGGGAGAACAGGCUAUUUCGUCGAGCUUUCCAUGGCGAACAGAUUUUGGAACAAUGAUAACAAUUCUACCAAGGCAAAAAAUCAACCCCUGUCACAUAAAGAUGGACGAUGAUUUCACUCAAAGCGACGACCCUAGGUCGUUUAUUUUGAAAGCUCUCUUCUCGAACAGUCAGACUGCAGUGAAUUGUGUGAUUUGCCAAAGAAAUCUACCCGUGUUUGCAAACUAUCCUCUGUUAGAUGGCACAUUCUUCUUGUCACCUAAGGAGUUGACCUCAUCAGGAUGCAUUGAGAUGGACUUACAGUCAAGGACCCUUUACCUAACUGCUGUAUGUAUGCAUUGCUUACAGGGCAAGCCCCAAGCCGUCAAGUGCAAGUUUUGCAACACAAAGUGGGACGGUUCGCACCAUCAGAUCGGCACGCUUUACUGGUACGAUAUCUUUGCGGCGGCGCCCUGCUGCGAUCGGCGAAUCGAAUGUCGAAAGUGCGGAAAGCCAGUCGCAGGUACGGAAAACGGGAAGCAGUAUUUCUCAGAUUAUUCACGUCACUUCGAGUGCCCCCAUUGCUCGUUUGUAGAUUGUCACUACGUCAAGCCGCUCACCUUGUACGAACUUACUAAUUGA